ACUGAAGCCUGUGCUCCAGAGCGGCGAGGGGAGGAAAGGCCAAGAUGGCGGCAGCAAUGAAAGCGCGGAAGGGGCCGAGCGGGUAAACGAAAAAGAAACGAAGGUUCCUAAACGUGUAAUGGGAGCGGGAUAAGACGGGAUGUGUGAGAGCUAUUCGCGCUCGCUGCUGCGAGUGUCGGUGGCACAAAUCUGCCAGGCCCUGGGCUGGGAUUCUGUGCAGCUCACAGCCUGCGACCUGCUCACCGACGUACUGCACAGGUACCUUCAGCAGCUGUGCCGGGGAGCCCACCGUUACUCCGAUCUAUAUGGACGAACAGAUCCAGUUUUGGACGAUGUUGGCCAAGCCUUCAAGUUAAUGGGUGUGAACCUCAAUGAACUGGAAGAUUACAUCCAUAAUAUCGAGCCAGUUACCUUUCCACAUCAAAUCCCAUCCUUCCCUGUCAGCAAGAAUAAUGUACUUCAGUUCCCAUCUCUGGGAAACAAAGAUGUCGAGGAUCGCAAAGAAUAUAUUCCCGACUACUUACCCCUCAUCGUUUCAUCACAGGAAGAGGAGGAAGAGGAACAAGUACCCACAGAUGGCGGCACAUCAGCAGAAGCCAUGCAAGUUCCUCUUGAGGAAGAAGGAGAAAUGGAAGAAGAUGAAACUGUUAAUGAUGAAAACUAUUUGAGCAAAAGACCUUUGUCUAGCCCAGAACAGAUGGAAAUGCCUUUUGCAAAAAGACCAAGAUUAGCAAAUAGUAAAGGGGAUGUUUUAGAUGGAGCUAUGGAACCACGAGAACCCUUAAGUUCAAUAAAUACUCAAAAGGGGCCUAUUUCACCUUCACCUGUACAGGACAAUGCAGACUUGGUUCUUAAUUCCUCAGAGCCACACAUGGUGCCCCCUGUUUCAAAAACACAAGCUGCUCCUUCCAAAACUUUAGAUGCUAAAGCAUUGACCCCUAAAACAAAAUCGAAAGGUGGCUCACCAGGGCAAAAAACAAAAUCUCCCAAAUCAAAUCAAGCAGCUACGGUACUAGGAAGCCCUCUACGGUCACCAAAAAGUAGUCUUAAAGAGAAAAAAUCUCCUGUACGUGCCAAAAGUCCUAAGAGUCCCAAGAGUCCUAAAGUUCCUGUAAGCAAUACGCCACCUCCUGUAAAGGCAGAAACCCCAAGUCGGACAUCCUUAGUUGCAUUAAGUGAAAAGAUUGGAAAGGAGAAUAUACAAAUAAAACAAAUUCAAACCCCACUCGAUUCUGAAAGAUUAAACAUUGAAAAUCCAUCAGUGAAGAAGCCUUCAGUGACCGAUAAUACCAUUGAAGAUUCUAUUGAUGCGGUUAUUGCUCGUGCCUGUGCAGAGCAAGACUCUGACCCAUUUGAUUUUACAUCUGGCUCAGAGUCGGAAGGUGAAGUCUUUCCUAGUCCGAAGAAGCUCACUAUAUCAGAGCCUGUUACUCCUAAGGUUUUGGCUUCUAGCAGUGGCCUUGCCAAGGCUGCAAGUACUCCACUUCCUCUUUCAGGUGGCACCUCUAGUUCUGAUAUAUCAUGGACAAUGGAUGACUCGAUAAAUGAGGUCAUUAGAAAAGUUAACCAAGAAACGCCAUCAAAUAUACCUGUAAAUCCACCUUGCUUCUCUUCUCCGUCUGCCUCCCCUCCUACUCCAGAACCUCUUUUAAAGGUCUAUGAGGACAAGACAAAGUUGGCUUCUCCAUUGGAAGUGAAGAAAAAACCAAAGAAGGAUUUGAAGACAAAGAUGAAGAAAAAAGAAAAGGUCAAAGACAAAGAAAAGGAGAGGUCUAAGGACAAAAACAGAGACAAAAACAAAGAGAAGGAAAAGGAGAAGGAUGGAAUGAAAGAAGCAAAAGCUCUCUGGAAAGACAGAGAUGAUGAGACAGAGGUUCCUAAGUUUAAGCUCAAAGAGUUUAAUGAUCUUGACAUAAAAUCAAAGCAGAAGGAGAACAGUGGGAAGAAGGAUAAGGAGAAACAUAAGGAUAAAAAGAAAGACAAAGAAAAGGGAAAGAAGGACAAGGAAAAGAAAGUGAAAGACAAAAAUAAAGAAGAGAAGUUGAAGUCUUUACCGUCUACUCCUAUUUUAUUGUCCCCUAAAGAAAUUACACUACCUAUGAUUAGUACUCCAAAUCCGGUCAGGCUGCCGCCUUUGCUCUCGGCCAUGUCACCCCUUCUUCCAGAAAAACUUUUUGAGGACAAAGAAAAGGCCAAGGAGAAAGAUAAGAAAAAGGACAAGAAAGAGAAGAAGAAAAAGAAAGACAAAGAGAAGGUAAAGGAGAAGGACAAAAAGGAGAAAGAAAAGAAAGAAAAGGAUAAAGACAAGCAUAAGCAUGAAAAGCAGGCCAAGGCAGAGCUGUCUGUUCCAGCCCCAUCGCCUGUAAUCCCGAGACUAACGUUGCGAGUGGGCGCAGGCCAAGAUACAAUAGUCAUCAGCAAAGUGGUUUCUGCUCCAGAGGGGAAGCCAAGUGCUCCACCUUCCCUGCCCAAAUCGCCACCUCCUGCCCCAUCUCCUGCCCCAGCACCAGUUGUGGCCCCUCCACCUGUACAAGCUCCAGCAGCUGCAUCACCAGCUCCAAAUCCAGCUCCGGCUCCUUCUCAUCCACAUCCUCCACCACCACCUCCUCCUCCUCCUGGCCCCACUACAGGCAACACAAAAACACCAGUCAGGAGUGUUGUAACAGAAACAGUCAGCACUUACGUAAUACGUGAUGAGUGGGGCAAUCAAAUCUGGAUCUGCCCAGGGUGCAAUAAGCCUGAUGAUGGCAGCCCGAUGAUUGGUUGUGAUGGAUGCGACGACUGGUAUCACUGGCCCUGCGUUGGAAUAAAAGAUGACCCAACAGAACUAGAACAGUGGUUUUGUAAAAAGUGCGACAGCAAGAAGAAAGAUAAAAAGCACAAGAAGCGGAAGCACAAAGCUCAUUGAGACUUUUCCCGGUCCUUCUAAUUUGUUUUGCUGCUGUUUUGCGGGACCUGCAACCCUUCAUUCACGACGUGUGUUGAGGAUGAUGGGAGUUGUGCUUAAACCAGGUUGGAUUAACAAUGGUUUCCGACCAGGGUACUAAAGGAACGUCCAUUCGUGUGGAGUAGUAUCUAAGGCUAGAGAUUAAUAGAUUUAAAGCGGGGACCCAUCUGUCAGUUUGGAAAUAUCUGUCCCAGGACACCGAAAAGGAUUUUUGCUCCUUUUUUUCUAUUGACAAUAGUGCUCAUUUCUUGUAUCAUAUAAUUUUUUCACUCUUCACCAAUCAAACUUAGAAGUGGUCGAUCCAGAAAAGCUCUCGUGAAUGAUUUUAAACAGACUUGCAAGGACACUUUGCAUACGUUUUGUUUGUGGCUCUCGAUGAUCAUACAGAAAGAUUAUUACCGUAAUCUGACGUGUUGAGUGCAAAGAUUUGUUAUAAAUCUCUGAACCCGAUCUCCUUUUUAUUUUGUGCUUAUACAAAUAAAAGCAAUGCUGGCUUUGUGAAAUAUAUAUAUAUUUUUUAAAAAUGUUUCUAUUGCAUCCAAUUUAUUUUGUAGCAUUUUUCAUCGAUAUCUGUAAUAUAUUUUAAAUUUGCUUUGCUCUUUUUUUUUUUCUUUUUUCCUUCCUUUAACCAUAUGUCCAUACGUAUUAUGUUCAUUCUGCCUGUUCUUGGUUUCGAUCCUUUUAUAUUAGGUUUAAAUCCCUUUGCAUUAGCCCCCAGUUACGACAGCCAGUUGUAACAAGCUGGGGUAGUAAAUUUCUGUAUAAACCACUUACAUUUUGUCUCUGCGUGUUUUAAAUUGGACCUUAAAGCAGUAUAGCAAAUGUGUUGCCUUUUGCCUGGAGUAUGUUUUGUAUAUAUUAAAGAUGUGUCUGAAAUAUA